AGAUAAGCCACUUGUCGCGAGCUCGUGGUACAAACACUCGCACUCCAUUGUUUUCCCACUCAUCAUAUCUUAAAAUCCCAAUCCAGCGGUCCAAAUUUCACUGCUAACACUAUCCCCAUAAAAGUGUAUAUUUCAGCAAUAACAUUAUUGUUCAUCAUCAUUUCAGUAGAAGGAAGAGAAAAGAAAAACACCAGUUCAAUUUCUAAGCUAAGUAACAAUGGCUUCUCUCCCUAUAUUUUCCUUUGUUCCUUCAAAAACAAGGAUUUACGCAACAGCAGCUGCAAAAGGUGCAGGUGGAGGCAAAGAAGAGAAAGGGCUUUUCGAUUGGAUUCUUGGGAACUUGCAGAAGGAAGAGCAGUUUUAUGAAACUGACCCUAUCCUCAAGAAAGUUGAAGAAAAGAAUGGUGGUGGCAGUGGCACUACCAGUGGUCGCAAGAACUCUGUUUCAAUCCCUCAGAAGAAGAAGGGCAAUGGUGGCUUUGGGCUUGGAGGGCUUUUCAAGAAAUGAAAGAUACUAUAAUCAGCCUCUGGGGAAGUUUCAUUGGUUUGGAAUUAAUUCAUGUUUUCUAUCUUCAAUAUUAUGAACCUUUCUUCAUUCUUGAACACUAAGCUGUUAUCGAUUUCCUUCAAUGCACACGACUUAAAAAUCUUAUAAAUUACUAA